AUGAAGACUUCGCUGAUUGCAUUUAGUGCCAUCCUCGGCUUGGUUUCUGCCCAGAAUGCCAUUGUCCACAACCACUGUGCCACCACCGUCUAUAUACAGUCGUUCCCGUACGAUGGUAGCGCCCCCGGCCCUCUCACCACGGUUCCUCAGGGGGGAACUUUUUCCGAAACAUUUAGAGCAUCCGGUUCGACCGUCAAGAUCGCCAAGACAAAGACGCUAGACACCCCUCUUUUCUUUGGCUAUUCGUUCUCGUCUAACCCGGACUACGCUUACUAUGAAUUCAGCACGGAAUGGGGCAACCCCUUCGCAGCGAAUCCCAACUCGCUCAGUCCCGGGGACGGCUGUGAAGCCUUCGACUGUGCGGCCAAUGAUGCCGCCUGCUACAGUACCCCGGCGCACAAGAAGGUCUAUGGGUGCCCUCAGCCAGUCGACCUAACGGCAGACCUUUGUCAGUGA